CACAGAGUAAGUAAUAUAUUGUACCAAACAAUGAAACAAAGCUUGUAAACAAAUGGAGUAACGAGUUCUUAAUCUGUGAAACAAAACAUUUAAUUAAAGUUUAUUUUAAAUAAAUGAUAAUAUUAUUGUUACGAUAAAUACCUGCCUAGUGGCUACUGGAUAAUCUACAUAACAAACAUAGCAUAAGAAGCCCGUUGCAAACUUCCUCGAUAAAUUAGUAUUUUUUUAAUUUUAAAUAUGAAUCCUUUAUGAAUGAAUCCGGAUAUUUAACAAAAUAUUCUGAUUAAUAUAAUAAAUAUAUACCUAUUAUUAUUUAUGGGCAGGGAACAAUUUAACGAUGGAAACUAAAGUAGUAUCGGCAUUUUUUACGGUACAAGAAGAGAAAGAAAUAUCUGACGAUUUUAUUAAGAUAAUUGAGAAUUACAAUGAGUCACUCGAUAAUUUUAAGUUACCUGCAACUAUUAAACACGUAUACAAUCCUACUCUCUAUGCCGAAUACCCUUUCAAAUUAUAUGUAAGGAAAUAUUGUAAUACUAAGAAGAAAAUAAUGUUCUUCGGUAUGAAUCCGGGCCCCUGGGGAAUGUCUCAAACUGGAGUUCCAUUUGGAGAGGUAUCAUCUGUCCGUGACUGGCUGGGUAUUGAAGGACCUGUGCAAAAACCUUUUAACGAAAAUGAAGCGCGUCCUAUCAAUGGCUUUAAAUGUACCAGAACUGAGAUUAGUGGCAAAAGAUUUUGGGGAUUAUUUAACAAGUUAUGUGCCAUUCCAGAAAACUUUUUUAAAACUAGUUUUGUGUAUAACUAUAUCAAUCAACAAUGGUUGAAUAGCAAAGGAUGUAAUAUAACACCAGCAGACUUUAAAGUGUCUGAUAUGGAACCUCUGUACAGUAUGGGAGACCGUGUUUUGGCUGAUGUGUUAAGAUUGUAUGAGGUUGAAACUAUUGUUGCUAUUGGAAGAUUUUGUCUAACUAGAGCCCAAAAGACUAUUGGUCAAUAUGCACUUCAAAAUGUCAAGGUUGUAUAUUUGAUGCAUCCAAGCCCACGCGUCGUUAACAAUGGAAAUUGGGAGCAACGAGCUAUAGAAUGCUUAAAAAGUCAUGAUCUUUUAAAAUAUUACACAAGAGACAAUAUCACAUGAACAACAUUACACUUUCUAAUAUAUGUUUUUAAAUUUAUUGAUGGUGUUAAGAAAUGCCAACAUAACACUUUGUUCAUAAUUAUCAAAAAGCAAAAUUAAAAUAUAAAUAUUGCCAUCUAUAUUUUUUUUAAACAAUGUUGAUGUGCCUUUACCUGGUAAGCAAUAAUUGUGCAAGUUAUCGCAGCAUUGAUCGGUAACCCUCUGUUUUAUGUUAAUGUAAUAGCACCGUAUGAGUAUAAUGUGGACACAUUAUACAGAAGCAGUGGUGGCUCAGUGGUGAGAACCUCGGACAUCAAAAUUGAUAAGUCGGGGUUCGAGACCGGGCGAGCGU